AUGAGACAAACAAACGAAUCUUCUUCAACUUCUGAAUUAUUAGAAGAAUUAAAUGAUGAUUCAGUAACGCCUAAAUCUCAGAUAGACAAUAUAUCAAAUGAAAUCAAUCAAUGCGAUGAUGGUGAGCAAAAUAUAACUACUGAUCAGUCUUUGUCUUCAACAAUGAAUGAUUUCGAUGAAAAAGAAUGUAUUCUAUGUUUGAAAUUAAUUCCCAAAAUGAACUAUGAGACUCAUGUACAAUCAUGUUUACCUGCAACUCCUAAUAGUUAUCAACCUAAGACAACUAAUCAACUAAAACAUGAUGUUUGUUUUAAUUGUUCAUCUAUAAUAAAUAUGAAUGAUGGUUCAGGAUUUUUAAUUCCAUGUCGAUUUCAUCAUCUAUAUUGUUUUCAAUGUUUAUAUAAAUCAAUGAAUGAAUAUUUAAUCUCUAAAACAACACCUACGUGUCAUAGAAUUCAUUGUAAUUAUCAAUUAUCACGUUAUGAUCUUGCAUGUAUUCCAUUAACACAACGAAUGUAUCAAAAAUUACUUUCUCUGAUUCAAAAUCAACAACGUCCUCAAUGCCCUCGUUGUCAUUUCUAUAUUGAUUUUAAAAAUAUCAAUGAUCUUGAUGAACAUAUUGAAUUUUGUCAUCCAGAAGAUUUUCUUCCAUGUGAAUAUUGUCAUUGUCCACAGAAGAUUACUUUGUAUGAAGAACAUUCUCAACAAUGUCAUCAUGAUCAAACAGGACGACAACAAAAAUUAGUUGAAUUUAUUUUAUCUCGAACAAAAUAUCCAUUUAGUGUUCAACAAAUUGAAUUUUUUAUUGAAACUCAAAAGAAAACGAAAAAAAUUCUAAAUGCAUUAAAUAUAGUCGAACAACUUGCUGAAUUUGAUGAUAUUUUUCCAAUGGAACUUCCAACGCAUGAUUGUGAUAUUUGUAUGGAAUCUUGUCUUUUUGAUGAUAUAUUUGUAUUUGGUUGUGAUCAAAGUCAUAAAUUAUGUUAUCAAUGUUAUGAAAAAUCAUGUCGAAAUCAAAUGGUCACUAAUAAGAUUUUAACAUGUGCACUUUGUUCCUAUCAACUUCAAUAUGGUGAAUUGAAACAAUUACGUAUAUCAUCAGAAGAACUUGAUCAAUUUAUUCAAUAUCAAAUUCAAAAAACUUUUGAUCGUUGUUAUGCUAGUGAAACUCGUGCUCUAAUUAAAUGUCCAAAUCAACAAUGUUCAUGGGCAUUUGAACCUAAUGAUCCAAAUGAACGAUUUCAUGUUAUUUGUCAAUUAUGUCAAAAGGAAUUUUGUUCAUUAUGUAAUCAACAAUAUCAUUAUCGAACAGAUUGUCAACAACUAAUAUUAAUCACCGAACGAUGGUUCUUCUGGUGUAAUUCAGAACGUGGUCGAUAUUUAACUGAACGAGCAGGACAAGAUACUGAUUAUGCAGCUCGUCUUGAUGAAUAUGAAAGAGAACAAGCAAAAAAUAGACAACGAAAUGAAGAAUUACGCCAUCGGUACGAUACAGCUGUAGAAGAUGAAAACUAUAAAUCAAGAAAUUGUCGUCAUUGUCCAAAUUGUAAUCGAGUUGUUGAACGUAUGGAAGGAUGUGAAUCUAUGAUAUGUGGACAAGAUUAUCAUGGAGGAAAUAUUCAAUCGGGUUGUGGAGAAGAAUUUACUUGGGAUGAAGCUGAACAAUAUCAAGCAUCAACUGUGAGAAAAUCAACAGAAACCAUUAAUGAUUUACCACGUCCGGAAAGUCCACUUAUUACUCAUGAAAAUAUUACUUGCGAUGGUUGUCAUGAAAUUGUACGUGGUAUUCGAUUCGAUUGUGUACAUUGUCCUUCAUUGAUCUUUUGUGAAAAAUGUGAACAACGUUACACAUUAGCUCAUUCAAAUGAAAAUCGAAAUGCUGGACAACAACAACAUGUUUUUAGAUUAAUAAUGACACCGUUUGAUGAAAUACUAUAA